CCAGCCUGGCGGCCAUCACACGACACGACGAGCUCGGCAGCAUGAAAAGUGCGCACAACCAUGCGUUAAACAUGCUCAACGGACUCAGCGGGUCUGCUGCGGGACAUACGUCCAGCACGAGUAAUCACAUUGCGCCAAGCAAACCUUUCAGUCGCCUACAAAAACUACUCUGGCUGGAUCUUUCAAACAAUCGCAUCUACCACAUUGCGCCCAACUUCCUGCCACGCUCUCUGGUCACCAUCGAUCUGUCGAGCAAUCUGCUCACCGUUUUCCCACAACAACUUUUCGAGCAUCUACAUGGGCUGCGCAUCGUAUCGCUGCGUGACAAUUUGCUGCGUAGCGUGCAAACGAAAGAGCUGCGGCUGGUGCGCAUGCGGUUGGAGAAGCUCGACUUGGGCAUGAACUUGGUGGAAACGCUAGAAUCAGAUUGGUUUCAGAACAACUACUCUGACGUGCAUGUGCGCGCGCUCAAUCUGGAAAAGAACUAUAUACGGCAGCUACCACCGGCGGUGUUCAAGGGCACUGGCAUAGCGCAUUUAGUGCUGGCUUUCAAUGCCAUCGAGCGCAUACAUGUGAACGCCUUUGAGGGCGUAACAGAGACGCUGGAAUACUUAGAUCUGGAGCGCAAUGAGUUGAACGCAGUUCCCGGUGCGAUUAGGACGCUGCACAAACUCAAGUAUCUAUAUCUGGCCUCGAAUAAUAUUUAUCAACUCACAAAUCUGCCGGAGAACAUGGAUAAUUUGCGCGUGCUCAGCUUGAGCGGCAACAACUUCACGAUGAUACCAGUGCUGGCGCUGCGUAAUUACACGCAGCUGUCUUACCUCAAUAUGGGCUACAACCUCAUUUCAGACAUACCUGAGGGCAUUUUCGCGGUGGACAGUUGGGGCGCAAACCUACAGACGAUACUGCUGCGUAACAACAAAAUCACGCACUUGCAUUUGGGCUCUUUCUACGGCUUGGAGCAGAUACAGGAAAUCAGUUUGAGCUUCAACGACAUCAAUAUCCACCAUCCCAUGGUAUUUGAGAAUGUUUCGCGCACACUUAAGAUACUGGAACUCUCCUUCGCCGUCUUUCCUGCACGCAGUUUGGAGUCCAUCGAUCCGCUCGACGCACUACUGCCGCUUUCACAGCUCAUGUGGCUGGGUUUGGACAAUAAUAAUUUGAAGAUGCUUUCCAACGAUUCAUUCGCAAAUAUGCGGGAACUUAGCUAUAUUAACCUGGCGUUUAACCAACUCAAGCAGCUGCCGCGUGGUCUCUUUCUGCCCGAUGUGCACAGCCACCUCGUGGAGAUCGAUCUCUCGUACAAUUCAUUGGAAGUCAUAGCACGCAAUACCUUCCACAGUCUAGGUGACCUGCAGACGCUUAACCUACAAUCGAAUAAGUUGAAACUGCUGGAGAAGCACGCCUUCUACAAUCUGGAAUUUCUGCGCUACAUCGAUUUGUCCUAUAACCAACUGGCCAACAUCUCCCAUGGUGCCUUCACCAUACUGCCCAAUCUCGCUGCCUUGGAUUUGAUGCACAACAACCUCUGUUCCCUUUCCCUAAAAAUUUUUCAUUUCGUCUCGAACACCAGCACACCGCUGCGUUUGAACGUCACCUACAAUCAGAUUAGCCACUUCGAGGACGAACUCAGUUCGUAUAUGUACAUCUACAACCUGGACAUUAGCCACAAUGCGAUAAGCACGCCGGACAGCUUCGCCAAUCUAGCCAAUACGCUACGCUUCCUCAACCUCGCGCACAACACCAUAGGUGGGCUUGCCAACCACGCAUUCGGCGACCUCGAAUUCCUCGAAAUACUCAAUCUCGCACACAACAACAUCACUUCGCUGCGGCGCCGCAGUUUUCAGGGUCUGAACAGUCUACAAGAAUUGGAUCUCGGCUAUAAUGGUCUCGAACAGCUGCAAGUGGAGCAGUUCUCGAAUUUGCGCAAGCUGCGCAUACUACGCGUGCGUGGUAAUCGUCUGCGCGCCUUGCCACGCGAGGUCUUCAUGAAUACGCGCCUUGAAUACUUUGAUAUUUCCGAGAAUCAGCUAUCGGUGUGGCCUGUACCCGCGUUUUCUGAUGUCGGCUUUACGCUGCGCAGCAUACAGAUGGCGCAGAAUACGCUCGAAUACCUCGACUCCAGCAUGUUUGUGAACUCACAAUUCCUCUACGACAUCAACUUGGCCUGCAAUCGCAUUACAGUGCUGCCUGACAACACGUUCACUUUCCUAAACAAUCUCACCAACUUGGAGCUGUCGCAGAAUCCACUGGUUACCACCAAUCUGAAAGAGGUGUUCCUACACACGCCGCGCCUACGGCGUCUCAAAAUACGUCGCAUGGGCCUCUAUGUGCUGCCCCAACUCAGUCUGCCCUAUCUAUCACACCUCGAUGUGAGCGGAAAUUACCUGCAGGAGCUCUCAUCGCUACACGAAAUGCGCCAGCUGCGCCACGUCAAUGUGUCGCAUAAUAAAAUUGUCAACGCCAGCAAUAUUGCCGAACAUCUACCGACAUCUGUGCGUGUGCUCGAUUUGGCGCACAACCCACUGCGGCGCAUCAGCGCGCACGACCUCGUUGCGCUACGCCACCUCACCGAUCUCAAUUUGCUCGACGUCAAGGUAGCCAAUCCGUCGGUGUUCAUCAAGCUACGUUCGCUACGCAAAUUACAUCUCACAUCGCAUCUGAAUUUGGGUGAGAUUGUGGCGCGUAUACCGGGCCUGCAGGAGUUGCGUGUGCACUGCAUGGAAACAAAUAUAGGGCCGGAGCUGCUGGCGAAGCUGGUGAAUAACACAAAACUACAGCUGUUAGAGUUGUAUGGCGGCAAUGUGCAGACAAUAGCACCGGAUGCGCUGGCGGGCUUGGCGCGCAAUCAACAUUUGCUGGUAAAAAUCUCACACACUAAAAUAUCUGAUCUGCCGCCGGGCAUUUUUUAUACGCUGCGUGCCGUACCGCAGCUGGCUAUCGACAUUUCGCACAACAAAAUCAAUGCGCUGGCGGCGGACAGCUUCUACCCGAACAAAACCUACUGGGACACUGUGGGUACACGCAGCAUUAUGGGCGGACUGGACACGUCACACAAUCCGCUCGAGUGCGAGUGCGGCUUGGUGUGGUUCGGUCACUGGCUGAGGCGAUGGCUGCGUGAAUCGGCGCAAAUAAAAGUGAUACAGAAGGAUGAGAUGAAGCGAAUGGUGCAGCGCGCGCGCGCCAACACAUGUCACGAUCCGACAACUGGCCGUCGCCUACCCAUAUUGGAGAUUUUUCCCGAAGACCUGUUGUGCCAAGCGAGCGCGCUUAGCAGUUCGAGUGAACGUCUCUUUCUGCUCUCGUUUGCGGCGAUUGCGUUACCGCUCUUCACAAUGUCACUUUGAUAAUUGGAAGCGUAGUAAGAGGCGUGAACUUAGCUGUAGGAAACAUACUACUACGAGCGCAUAGCUGGAGCGAAGGAACGAGCGCCAUGCACUCGUCACAUAUUUGUAAAGUACUAUAAAGAGAGGCACCGUAAGUGUGAUGUAGCUGUAAGAGUUGCCAUGUAAAAACGAUACAAAAAAACUUAAACCAAACCUAACUGGAAUGAUUAUUGCUUUAAUUGUUGAAAAGAGUGGAGAAAGAAAACAAAAGUUGUUAGCUGAAAAAAUGUAAAUUAUUGUAAAUUUCUUAAAAAAAACUGUUAUCUAUAGACUAUAGUUCUAGCUAAUGUAAAUCUGAUAGACUUAAGAAAUAAGUUUAUAAAUAAAAAAAUAUUUGA